AUGGCUCGUUUGAUACCACGGCUUGUCGGCCCAUGCGUUCCGUACUCCGUUCUCCUGCCCAUCGGACUCGCUUCGUUCGUCACUGGGGAGGAAUCCAUGUCCGACGAUCGCGAAUCGCCUCUUUAUCAGUACGAGGGAGAUGUCUUCGCUCACGUUUACAGCAUUUUCCCUGGAUUUAAAGACAACAUCGACCUGCUUCACGAACACCCAGAGCUUCUCGAUCGCAUUGCGGACUAUCUCACAAAGGUUGAGGGCAAGGCUCGCAGCGAUGAUUUGAUGCGUCUCAAGCCCCUCAUCAUCAAGCUCGCCGGCAUACCAGAUGGGAGUGAUAAACUCACCGCUAACAAGAGACUCCGGGGCUUCAAAAAUUACGACACAGGGCGUCUCCUUACGCCGUACUUGAUGCUCGACGAGUUCGACAGAGAUCCCGAUCAAUUCUGUACGGACGGUGCUAGUGGCGACUUUCUUCCUCUCGGGCCUGACUUCAUCACUGCGUUUUACGACCUUCGAGAGGCUCAGCCCGGUGAGCCACUUCCCGGACUGAUGCGAAGCACUCUGCUCGUCAAGGCCUACAGGUCAGUGUAUUGCAGCCCCCGCAACGCCAACGUCGCAGCUGGCCAUGAACAGCCCGGCCGGGGGCAGCUGCCUCUGAUGCGGCAGUACAAUCUCACACGUUGUGAUUUCACGUUCUAUUCGAUUGUUUGGAUCGCCUCUCUUGUUCGCUUCUGCCUCACUGACGAACCGGAGUGGGUGAUGACGCAUGGGGACUGGGAUGUUCAAGAGUUCGUCGCUGCUAUGCUCGUCACCGCCCGCUUCAAGAAGCGGUGGUUGGCAGAUCUCAAGAAGUGGUGGCUGCCGAAGAUAUUUGGUGAAGAUCGCUCCAACUCGGUGGCGUACAGGAAUACGGCAUUCAUGCAAAUUCUCGACGGGCCCGAGGAAUCGGACCACUCGGACCACGAUGAACCGUCGAACAGCCGCCGCUCAAGCUCAGUUCACUUGUCUGACGAGGACGAGCAGCUUCAAGCCUAG